GAAAAUGAGUGAGGUGUACAGAAUUUCUGCCAGUGAUAAGAUCCAGUUUCUGGAGAAGAAAUUAGCUUCCCAAUUAUCAGAACUGAAGACUGAGAUAGAAGAGAAUGGGGUACUGCGUGGCACCCCUAGCCGAGCCUACAGCUCUGUCCCUAUACCAAAGGACAUCAUGUUCUUCAGAAAUGAGAGAGAGUUGAUUCUGAAAAGAGGACUACAGGUGGCAGCAGGAAAACCAAUUGUUAUUCAGGCUGAUGUCAUGCAGAGAGAGCUGGAAAGCUGUCUGAGAAGAGAGUACACUGAGGACAAUCUGCCUCUCCUUCUGCAUCAGUUUUUCUCCGACAGAAUUCAGCAGUUAAUCCGAAGUAAAUACUUGCACAUGCUAAGGUGGAAGAGGUUUUGUCGCCACACUGGUGUCAUGGAACAGUGCUAUCCACAGUAUCAGGAACAAGUUGGAUACAUCAUGAAGGAAUACAGUGACACUGUACAGAGAGCACAAAGGCUGUCAAUCGCCAGAGAACACGUACUGACCGGACAAAAGAAUUCUAUUCAUUUAGUAACUCUUGAAGACCUUGUGAUUUAUUUGCAGUGGUUAAUAUGCCAUUUGCACUCAGUGAAGCCUAUAUACAACUAUAUCAGAAGCUUACAGUACCUGCCAACAUCUGAGCUCGCUGAGGAAGUCCAUAAGUCAUAUUUAAAUGAUAAUGAAUGUCACCACCUCGGUGGGUUUGGAUCUGUCUCUUUAAGUGCUCAGGACCGCACAGAAAAGGCUGUACAUAAAUGGGAAGACGAUGACCUACCGCAGCACCAGACAGAAACUGAACGGAUAAAGCCACAUCUCCAACAUUUACUGUCUGCUUUUAGAAUAGAGUAUGAUACGAAUAAGCUUAAGAGCACAGCUAACGAGAUGGAGCUGCUUUCUCUGGUUGUUGCUAAAUUCCGAAGUACAUUUAGCAAGCAACAGACCAUGAGAACUUUCCCAAUGUAUGAUUCUGGAAUGGAAACAACAGAUGGAUGGGGCUUCAGAGGUCCAUGUAAGGCUUUUAAGAAGACUGCGAACUGGCUUCAGUUUGUAAAGAUUAAACCCAAACGAGAUCCAUGGCAGCAAAAAAUUUUAACAAAAUUAAAACAGCACAAGAAAGUGGAUGAGCUGCUCUGUCUUCAGUCACAGUUCAUAGAGGUUACAAGUGCAGAGAAAGCUAUGGAGGUGCUGCAGGAGCAUGCUGCACAGGUAAUACAGCCUUCCCCAGUGCGUCCAGUUUCAGCCAGAAAUAGCCAUGAAAUAUGGGUGAAGAUAUACAGCCCACUGGACCUGUCACAGGACCUAAAUACGAAUGAUGGAUUAUCACUACAGCACACCAGUGAAAAGAGCGUAGACAUGGCAAGUCUCAAUAAGUACCCGAUGUCUUCCACACAAAAGAAAGAAACUGGGUACAAUUACCAGAACACUCUGCAACUACUGGGAUUAGAUGAGGCAGAAGAUAACGGCAAAGAUCCUGUAAUGAUGAAAGGAGCUUAUUUAUCUCUUCUCUACUUGCGUCAUCUUAGGCUGAGAGAUCUUCAGCGUGUCUGCCUUGGAUUCCUAAACUAUUUCCGAUCCCUAGAGAGAACUCUGACGAUUGACACCUGCUGUCUCCAUAGUAAUUCUGGUCACCUGGUGCGCAGCACAGGUGAAGAGACUUGCUGGCUAAAUGCUGCUCAAGGAGGGUCUGGUAUGUCAGGAGGACUUGGAUCUCAUCAGUAUAUGCACCAAACUCCAGCUGACUUUAAGCUACACAGUGCACAGUUCAUGGAGUUUUCAGAGGUGGAAAAUCAUGAUGACUACUACACAGUUGAAGAUGGGAUUGUCCACACUCAGGAUCAGAAAGGAGCAUUUAUUAUGUACGAUGCAGCACUUGAAGAUCUACAUGAGUUGCAAGAACAAUUACUGCUUCUAACAACCCUCUUUAUAGAGAGGGAAAAAAGUUUUAAGUCAACUAAAAAAGAAGCGAGUGCUGUGGACCUAUCAGAGUGGGCACACGUUAACGUGGAUCGCUUUGCUCUGCUGCUUGACCUGUGGACUUGGGAAUGUUCCCUAUUAGAAAAUAAACAACAGCUUGUAGAUAGUUACUAUGAAGAUUAUCAGCAUGUCCUUGAUCCAGAAGAAAGAUUUACCUUGGCACAAGUGAUUACUGACAUCAUGUAUAGGCGCCCACGGUUUGACAUUGGCUCCAAAUACUUCCUGGAAGCUUAUAGGGAUGAGUGCCAGUGUCUGAGGAUUCACUUACAGCUUGUUAGAAACGUAUUGAGUAGCCAAAUAGAGUAUCAGAGGGAGUUUGUCCAGAGGGUUUGGCGAGAUGGUCGGAAAGGAGGUGUUUAUGAAUUUGGUCUUCCUCUGAAUACUGCUACUAAGCAACUUGUCUCACUAAACACCAGUUGCCCUGCUUUAAAGAAUAUUUACCUUUUGGAGUUUCACCCUUCUUUGGGGUUAUCAUAUCUAAUUUCUUAUACGCUAGACCACAUUUGUCAAGAGUUUCAGCAAAUGUGUAACACACAAUCACCCAGACAGUCCUACAGUGUGGAGAAGAAGGUCUUAGAGCUUGCACUUACUGAAUGGUCAUCUCCAAAAGAUCUCAAGUCAUCCUUUACAGCAAAUGUCCACAAAGAUUUAUUUGAGGAAGUGUUGAUGGAAGAUCCAGUCAUGGUUAGAGAUAUCUGCCUGUCAGUGUUAAAUUCGGCUGAUGAAGAUAAAAAGCAUGGCAGAGCACGACAAGUCUUUAUGCUGGACACUUUUAGCAAGAUGUUAGAGCUCAUUACUCUCCGUUCUAGAAUUAUAGACGCUUCAUUCGAAACAGUAGUGCUCUCUAGGACGUAUCUAUGUUUUGCUGAAGAGAUGGGAUUCAAUGAGUUUCACCUGUACAUACGGCCUGUACAGUUUGAGUUUGCAUCUCACAAGGGACAAGCGGACAACAUGCCCCCUAUGUUCAUCACUUCCCUCCUUGAGGAUGACAGCUGUGUGGACAGGUAUUCACCAUCAGCACAGCUUCUUGCUAUCCAUGAGGUAGAUGAUAAUCAGAUUGGAAAGUUUAGUUUCUCGACAAGAGAUGGUGUAGUACAGCUGCUGAAUAAUUGUGGUGUGGAGAAUAUGCAGGUGGUGCUCGCCUGCCAAGUAAGCCAGAAAAAUGCCCUGUUAGCUGCCACCCAGCUGGCUUCAUUUUGCUACAUGUCAUCCUGGAGCUCUCUGCAAAGCAUGGAUAUAAAGGAUGCGAUCGUACCAACACAAAGACAGUUCAGUUCUGCAAGUGAAAGAAGUUCUUCUUCAUGGACAGUAGUGGAAAGGAAGCAAUCAGUAACACCAGUACCUCGCUCAAAUGAAUUUCAGACACAGGCAAACUGGGAAAAGAAAAGAUUCCCAGAAGCAUUUGUGUCAAUCCAGUUACAGAAAGUGGGUCUUCGCGAUGCAAUGCAUAAUACAUUUCUUCAAAAGAAACAAGUUAUGGGGACUACAAUGAGGAACCCUGAGGAAGUGGAAAAAGUAAAACGAGAACUUGUAAGAGAUUACUGUCACAGCUUGAGCAGAAGGAUUGCUACCCACUCUCUUCGAGGACAGAUCAUUGCUUAUUGCAAUAGCUUGAAGCAGCUGCUGGAAGACUUCCCAAACAUUCGGAAAACAUAUUUCAUCAUAGGACAGCCUCAGGAGAGAAAGUCAGGAGUUAAAGAAGCACUUCAGGCUGAUCCCAGAACUUUUCAGGAACGGCCACACAGUUUGCUGACAGAGGAUGGACAAGUUUUUGUUAACCUGUGGUAUAUUCCUUAUCCAUCUGAAGUCCUUGCCAUGUUUAAAAUGCUUCCAGAUAAGGCUGCCUACCGUGCAUUGUUACAGACAUUGCGGAUUGUAGCUGCCUUGCAUGACAUUGUCUCUUACAUACUCAGCUUUGCUCAGCUGGGAAAUUCAUGCAGUGGUUACAGCAGCAUGCUAAACAGGGAGUUGACGGCUGACUGGGGUGGCACAGAAGGAAUAGGAGCAGAGCUGCGGGACAUACAGAAGAUAAUAGAUGGCCUCCACAAUCCUCAUGACCCUAAGGAAGUAGCAUUAUUGCUACAGUUCCAACGUGACGUCACGAUCCUACAGUUUGAUGCAGCUGUACGCCAUUUGAUCCGGGAAGCAUUACUGUCCUCUGGGAAUGUUUCUGCGUUCAGAACCACAACAGAAAAUAUGUAUCAUGGACUAACAGCGCUGAGUGACUCAGUGGUCAGGAGUGCAUUUUCCUCUCAGAUGCCUGUGCCGCAACCUCAUGAUCCACGUAGUCACAGAACAUUCAUGCUUUAUCCAUGGAGGACAUUUCUGGCUGACGGGGGGCAUUUCCCACUGGCAAUUCAUGGGCUGCACACCAUUGGUUACCAUAUGCAGCUGUGUUUGUGUGACAUGACUGAUCAAGAACGCAGUGUCGCUCAAGGAGAGCUUGUUGGGGUGCAUCUUUUAAUGGAGGACAUCCUUCAAGGCAAUUAUAAGUCGUUUUCAUUCACUAUUGAGGGAAACCUUGAAACCAAACAGACGCCAUCAGAGUUAUCUCCUGUAAGUGAAGGACAGCCUUUGAGAAGGUCAUCAAAGCUGGAGCAAGCACCUAAAGAUCCAAUAUCAGAAUACAUACUGUUGAGAUCCUUCCUAAUCUUAUGGAAGCAGCUGGAAGUGUUUAAAGAGAAAUGGGGAAAACUGAAACUUCAAGUGGAGGAGAUUAACACUGUUUGUCUCUAUAGACAGUUUUGUGAACUAUAUAGAGAUGAGAUCUUUUAUCCUACCAUGAAAGCCUUUGCCCGUAAAAUGGGCAAAGAGGAGGAGUUUGAAGGGCUGACUCUUAGGUCUCAGGUUGUGCUUCCUCCAAAAGGAGCAUCUGAAAUUGAAAUUAGAAUUCGACAGCUUCAGAAAAUAAUGGAAAGCUUUGAGAGUGAUAUGAUUCACGAUGUACAGAAGAAAGUAGCCAAGGAGAUGACUCUGGUGAUAUCGGAGAGAGCGAGAGAAGGGAGAGGGGUUCCAACUGAGCUCUGGAAGAAACCAGCCAUGAAGGAGAGCUUCUCGCCUGUUAGGCCACAAAUUGCUGAGAGAUUUGUUCAGCGACUAAUGAGUGAGCAUCAGGACAGAGCUGCUGAGGUGACUUUCAGUAAGGAACAUUUGGAACACUGUCUAACAUCGCUGGCUUGUGACAUUAUGGCUAGAGAACAGAGUAACUUUGAGUCAUACUCCACAUUUUAUGAGAAUCUUCUUCAGCAGGAGCAUCAGUUGCUGUACCAGAAAGAGCAGGAGUUGCUUGCUAUUAUAGGAGAGCAGAGGAAAACUGAAAAUGGCUUCAAACAGACUGCUGACAUGAGUCAUGACCUCAUUAUUGAAAUAACUGCACUGAGAGCCAAGCUCCAAGAUGUAGAAGAGGAAACCAUUGCUGCUACAGAAGUAGUCAAGAAGCAGGUGCAGGAUGAAUAUGAAGCCUUAGUGAGGACUCUCUUUGCUACAUGCAUAUCACUAAAGUGUAAAACAGACGAAUACCGACUCAAUAUGAACAAACACGUGACAGAGCUCAUCAGUGAAGUUCGGAAAGAAGGCAUGGAUGACAUGGUCCUUCUGAAGAAAAAACAUAGCACCCUAAAAAAUGACGGUGCUCUGAAAAACACAAUGUCUGUGCAAGACAAACUGCAGUCUCUACGAGAGGAGAAUGGGCAGCUACAGACAUUAGUCUGCAAACUGAAGGCUUUGUAUAAGUGGAAAAUUACAGCCAAGGAAGGACUGUUGCGGGGGAAGCUGAGAACUGCAGAAAAGGAUGCUGCUCAGAACAAAAAGGAAGGCGUGAAGCUUCAGAUGACAGUAGAGCAACAGGUGGUCUUAUUACGCCAGCAACUCAUGGUUGCAACAGCGGCUCUAACCAGAACACAGGCUGAGGUCAGCAAAGUAAGAGAGCAACUGAAUAGACAGAAACAGCUACUCCAUGAUGCUGAGCACAGACACUCUCAGGAAUCUAGAAGCCGGCAGCAGCUCGAUAGCAUUAAAUCUGCCAACAUGGACAGGCUGCAGGAGGACAUACAGGAAAAGGACCAGCGAGUGCGCUUACUUGCAGAGGAAGCAGAGAGAUCCUCCAAAAUGAGUCAGCUGCAACAUUAUAAAGUUAAGAAAGAAGUAAAGCAGGUGAAAUCUCAGCUCAUGCAGGAACGCUACUUAAAAUUAGAUGCUUUUCAGCGUGUGGAUGAACUCCAGACCCAGGUGUAUGAUUUGGAAAUGGCCCCCUCUUUGCGAAACUCACCAGGAGGCCUAAGGAAGACAUCAGCCUCAUUCCCGUCCCACGGAGCUAGGAGUCUUUCAGCAGUCUCAUCCAUGACUGAAGAUCCUCUACAUUUUAACCAAGCAGUAUGGGAAACCCUACAUGAUUUUCAACCACCUGAAGCCAAAGCAAUUACCCGGGGACAGAUGAAACUUCAAAGGCCCAAAACUGUCCCGAGCAGAUGCAGAGCACCUGAAUUCACUGACCGCACCUCCCAAGCCAUCCUCACCCAGCUGCAUGAGCUAAGACAUAGUGCCAAGUGAAAUGGAUGCUCUCUAUAGGACACUGCAUAAAAAAUAUAAAUUGAACCUAUUGUCAUAAAUGUAGGAGCUCAAUGCUAUUUUGAUAACAGUGCACCUGUUCUGAAUAAAUAUCGUUUUUUGGC